GGAGGGAGGGAGGGAGGAGGAGGAGGAGCGGUUCCUUCGAGGAGAGGAAAGGAGGUUUUUUUGGGGGGGGGGGGGUUUGUGAGUCGAAAGACGGAAAAGUGGAGCUUGUGCUGAAGAAUGAGACUCUCGUCGUCGGGCUUUAACCAUCAGUCGCCGGAAGCCUCAAAUGCAGGGGAGAAGAAAUGUUUGAACUCUGAGCUAUGGCAUGCGUGUGCUGGUCCUCUUGUGUCAUUGCCUCCUGUUGGAAGCAGAGUAGUCUACUUUCCUCAAGGACAUAGUGAGCAGGUGGCUGCUUCUACCAAUAAGGAAGUAGAUGCUCAUAUCCCUAAUUAUCCUAACUUAUCCCCACAGCUCAUCUGUCAGCUUCAUAAUGUUACCAUGCACGCAGAUGUGGAGACGGAUGAAGUGUAUGCUCAAAUGACCCUCCAGCCUCUAAGUCCGCAAGAGCAAAAGGAUCUAUAUCUACUGCCCGCAGAAUUGGGAACUCCCAGUAAACAGCCAACGAACUACUUCUGCAAAACAUUGACUGCAAGUGAUACCAGUACUCAUGGAGGAUUCUCUGUACCUCGUCGAGCGGCAGAAAAAGUCUUCCCUCCUCUUGAUUACUCACAGCAGCCUCCAGCUCAAGAGUUAAUAGCCAGGGAUCUUCAUGAUAAUGAAUGGAAAUUUAGACAUAUUUUUCGGGGGCAGCCCAAGAGGCAUCUUCUCACAACAGGCUGGAGUGUAUUUGUUAGUGCGAAAAGACUUGUUGCUGGAGAUUCUGUUCUUUUUAUCUGGAAUGAAAAGAAUCAAUUGCUUCUUGGUAUUCGACGGGCAAAUCGUCCACAGACUGUUAUGCCUUCAUCAGUUUUAUCAAGUGACAGCAUGCAUAUUGGCCUUCUUGCAGCAGCAGCUCAUGCUGCUGCCACGAACAGCCGCUUUACAAUCUUUUACAAUCCAAGGGCUAGUCCAUCAGAGUUUGUCAUACCUCUGGCAAAGUAUGUGAAAGCAGUCUAUCACACGAGGGUAUCUGUUGGCAUGCGGUUCAGAAUGCUAUUUGAGACGGAAGAGUCAAGUGUUCGUAGAUACAUGGGGACGAUAACAGGCAUUAGUGAUCUGGAUCCUGUUCGCUGGCCAAACUCACAUUGGCGUUCAGUAAAGGUUGGAUGGGAUGAGUCAACUGCAGGUGAGAGGCAGCCAAGAGUAUCCUUGUGGGAAAUUGAGCCACUAACAACAUUCCCAAUGUAUCCUUCUCCAUUCCCCCUCAGACUGAAGAGACCAUGGCCAUCUGGACUUCCUUCAUUUCAUGCUCUUAGGGAUGGUGAUAUGAGUAUCAGUUCUUCACUGAUGUGGCUUCAAGGUGUUGGGGAUCACGGAGUUCAAUCUUUAAACUUCCAGGGAUUUGGGAUGACUCCAUGGCUCCAGCCAAGAUAUGACACUUCAAUGACUGCUUUACAAACUGAUGUGUACCAGGCAAUGGCAAGUGCAGCACUGCAGGAUAUGAGGACAGUGGACCCUUCAAAAUGUGCCUCUCAGUCUCUUCUGCCUCUUCAGCAAUCUCAAAAUGUCCCUAUGGUGCAAGCUUCUAUCAUCCAGAGGCAGAUGUUGCAGCAGUCUCAAUCUCAAAGUACCCUUCUUCAGGGCUUCCAGGAAAAUCAGGCCCCAGCUCAAGGUCAGGUUUUGCAGCACCCCUCUUAUAAUGAUCAGCGCCAACAACAGCAGCAGCAUCAACAGCAACCUCAACAGUCCCAACAAUUCAACCACACGUCUCUUCAGCAACAGAUGCCGAACAUCAUCACUACUCUUCCACAGUACGGAUCUAUUGGUCAAUCCCAGUCAUCAUCUCUGCCGGCCAUUUCACAGUCCCAGCAGAAUAUCUUUUCUGAUGGAGUGGAGAACCCUAUAGUUGCAUCUGAUGUUUCACCUAUGCAAAGCAUUUUAGGUUCAAUUUCCCGUGAUGGGGCAUCACAGUUACUCAGUGUGAAUGGUUCUGACUCUGUGAUAUCAUCGUCAUUGUUGAAGAAGCAAAAUUCAGCAGAACCACAUCUUCUUUCUGAAGCUGCUCACUGCAUUCUGCCUCAGGUGGAAUUGGCUACAACACACACCAACGUCUCUGAAUUUGCAAACUAUUUACCUCCAUUUGCUGGAAGAGAAUAUUCUGCAUAUCCGGGUGCCACUGACCCGCAAAGUAGUCUUUUAUUUGGUGUUAACAUUGAUUCCACAUCUCUUAUGCUGCAAAAUGGGAUGCAGCAUCUGAGGAAUAUUGGCGGUGAACAUGAUUCCUUGUCUGUGCCAUUUGGUACUUCAAAUUUUGCUAGUGUUGCUGGCACAGAAUUUCCACAUAAUUCAGACAUGGCGACGUCAAGUUGUGUGGAUGAAUCGGGUUUCUUGCAGUCUUCAGAAAAUGUGGACCAAGUAAACCCACCGAUCAGAACCUUUGUGAAGGUUCACAAAUUGGGGACCUUUGGGCGGUCACUGGAUAUUUCAAAAUUCAGCAGCUAUGAUGAGCUGCGCAGUGAGCUCGCUCGUAUGUUUGGCCUUGAAGGCCAAUUGGAGGACCCUCAGAGAUCAGGCUGGCAGCUUGUAUUUGUAGACCGGGAGAAUGAUAUCCUUCUCCUGGGUGACGACCCUUGGCAGGAGUUCGUCAACAAUGUGUGGUAUAUCAAGAUUCUUUCUCCUCAUGAAGUAAAACGACUGGGCAAAGAAGGCAUCAACCCUGCAAAUUCUGUCCCGAGACAGGCUCUGUGAGCGCAUCACCGUAUUUGAUGGGCAUGUUUGGUUGACAAGAGUUGACCAAUCUGAGCUUUGGGAUAGGCAGAUGAUGGGGGUGGCUGGACUACUUGAAGCCAAGCCCUUUCGCGUAAGAAACAGACAUGGCUUCCAAGAGGCGUUUGACCGUGUUGUAGUGGUUACUUAUGCGAUAAAGAGUUGUAGUAAUAUAUUGCUUCGAGAGAUGUAGUGACAUGGUAAGUCUACUCUCAAGGUUUGCUUUAUAACUGUAAAUCUUAACACCACGGAUCAUUGAAGAGAAUGACAUCGACAUUCCUGUAA